UCCCUCAAAAUCAUGGAAGAUUAUUAAUAACCAUCCGUCCAUCCCUAUUAAGCUUAAUCUCCCUAUUUAAAUCCUCCAUUUCUGCAAUCUCAAUCCUCCAAAUCCAAAUCCGAGAAAUCACAAACACUAACUACAGUGCCAUGGGCUGCGCCCCCUCAAAGCUCGACGACCUGCCUGCCGUGGCUCUCUGCCGGGACCGGAACAAGUGUCUGGACCAAGCUCUCCGGCAAACCCAAGCCCUCGCCGACGCACACGUGGCGUACUCGGAGUGCCUGAGAGCACUCGGCCCCUCCCUCACUCGUUUCUUCGAUAUCGGACUACUUGAAGAAGAGAAGUGUAAUUCUCGGACCACCUCGGCUUCCAAUUCCAAGUCGGGUUCGGGUUCGGGUCACCUCCAAUUCUCUUCCGACUCCGAAUCCGAAGACGGCUCCGAUAAACACCCGGAUGAGCCACGUGUUGUUCACCGAUACGGCGAUUUGAGGUCGAGCGGCAGCGGCGUCGUUUUGACCUCCCAUUUUGCCAAAACCCCGCCGCCGCCGCCGUCUCCGAUCAGCUCGACUUGGGAUUUCCUGAACCUCUUCGAUGACGUGUACGAGAGAUACGAAUCGGUUUGUGCUUUCAAUUCGGAGGCUGUUACUGAUCACGGUGAAAAUAUUAGAAAUAAGAUCGAGGGCGUUGGAGUAAAAAAUGUCGAAGAGGAAGAACAGAAGAGUGAGCCGACGGAGAAGAAGAGUCAGUCGGAGAAGUCGAGUACUCCUCCGAGCAUGGAAGCCAAAAACGGGGUCGUUGAGGACAUGACGGAGCUUCAGGUUCAGUUCGAGAAAGCUUCCGAGUCUGGCGAUGAAGUUCUGAAGCUGCUGUCUCAUAGUCACCAUCACAGGAUUAGUUCGGUUCAUCCAGAGUGUGGGUUUGAUCAGGUUGAUUCGGCGAUGAGUUCGCAGAGCCUAGCAUACACUCUGAAGACUCUCUCCUUGUGGGAAAAGAAACUCUAUGAUGAAGUCAAGGCUGAGGAAUUACUGCGUUUGACGCAUGAGAAGAAGACUAGGAUGCUGAAACAGUUGGACAAGAAGGGUGGUGACUCCCCCAAAGUCGACUCUAUUCACAAUUCACUUAGCAAUCUGUUAACAAAAAUGAAAAUUGCAAUUCAGAUUGUUGAUAGAAUCUCGAUUACCAUCAAUAAGUUGAGGGACGAAGAGUUGUGGCCGCAGAUUGUUGAGCUGAUUCACAGGUUACUAGGCAUGUGGAAGGCUAUGCUAGAAUGCCACAAGCUCCAGAACCAAGCAAUUGCGGAAGCCAAAGGCUUAGAUGUCAUUGCAUCCAAAAUUAAGUACUCUAAUGAUGACCAUCUUGAGACUAUAAUUCAACUCAAGAUAGAGCUUCAAAACUGGAAUUUAUGCUUCUCCAAUUGGAUCAUCACGCAAAAAGGCUGUGUAAAAGCAUUAAAUGGUUGGCUUCUGAGAUGCCUUCUAUAUGAACCUGAAGAAACACAAGACGGUGCAGUACCCUUUUCUCCUGGUAGAAUGGGAGCGCCACCUGUUUUUGUGAUAUGUAACCAGUGGUCCCGAGCUAUGGAUCGACUCUCAGAGAAGGAAGUAAUUGAAGCCAUCCAGGGAUUCCAAACUAGUAUAGAUCUUCUUCUGGAACAGCAGAAUGUAGCACUGCAGCAAAGGGUUAUUGAAGACAAAGAUCUUGCAAGGAAAGUAAAACUUUUGGAGGAGCAGCAGCAAAAGAUGCAAAAGGUCAUGCAAGCUGGAAGAGGAAACAAAAUUGGUCUACUGGGAGGAGAAGAGGGUAGAGUUGUUUUACCUGGAGAGAAACUGCAAGUGCCGAGUGAGGAUAAUAAAACUUCUAGGAAUAUAGAAUGGGAUCUGAAGCAGACACUAACGGCAAUGGAGAAGUUCACUGCAAACUCCUUGGAAGCAUACGAAGAGCUCCAUGCACACAUUGAAGAAGUCCAGCAUGCUGCUAAUUGAGACAAACCAGUAUUAUGCAGGUUAUUACUUAACAGGCAUAAAGGUACUCGAUAGAAAUUUAGAUUAUUUCUACUUGGAUGAGUUAGAACUAGAUCAUUUGAUUAGUUUAGAAACUUGGUUUUCCCUUUUGAGGGGUUCAAGGUUUUGUGGAUAUCCCAAAUAUCAAAAUGUUGCUAUUGCUGCUUUCUCUCAUCAACAAGGGGAUUAGGCUUGACCGGAACAUGAGCCAGCUUUGCCUAAAUUGUCUUUGAGAGAAAUAGCAAUAGCAUCCCGGUGAUUACUUGGUAGAUGUUUUUGAGAUGCCAAGAUUUCUGGACUACAAAAUGACUCAGGUUCAGUUUAGUCAUAUAAUUCCCGCAAUGCUUAGGAAGAAGAAAGGUUACCUAGCAAUUUGAUACAAGCUCGGAUUAACUUCCUAAACAGAGAAUGCUUGCUGGUUUAUGGGUUUCUCAUUGGACCUACAAGUCCUAUAACUUAUCAGUGGGCUUAGUCAUUGUUAAACCAAUCCGUCCUAACCCAACUUCUAACCUCCCCCUCUCUCGGGCUAACUCCAUAGGUGCCUUGCUUGCACAUUUUGAUCCAAGUAUUCAAAUCUUUUAUUUUAUGGUAUAAUUUACUUUAAGCUGAUGACCAGCUCUGGACCGAUUGGCCUUUACCUAUAUAAGAGUAACAAAUUAAAGAUUCCUGGAGGCUAUAAUUCUCUAUCGGAGAUUCGGAGGUAUAAUAUAGUCUUUUUCCACCUUGAUUAGCUGAAAUGAAACCGACAUUUGGAAAUAAGGCGCGCAAGUGUGAAAAGAGACGGAGCUACUUUGCAGUUGCAGCUAAGAGCAAAAAGGCAACGUCCUUUUCUUUAGCCGCGUUUAUGCUCUCUCUCUCUCUCCUGUCAAAGCGAUACGCGCUUUCUCAUCUUAUAUCACACUCAUAUAAUUGUUUUGUUUAUUAUUGCUCAUUUGGCCCCCCCACCUACAAAUUCCAACUAAACACGUAUAGGCGUAUAGCAUAGCAUUAGACCAAUGAUUUUCUUUUUUCUCAAGUGGAACACUUUUUGUUAAUUAAAGAAAACAUGCAUCAAUUGGUUCCCUAUUGUCAACAAACAAAUAUGCAUGGAAAUAGAGAACUAAUUUUACGUUACACGUAAUAUUUGAAACAUAACCUAACUUUUCAGUUAUUGCUCAAUUAGGCAUGAUAGAAAAACCGGUAGGUUGGUGCAUCUGCAGCAAGAGAUUAGAAUCAUGAACCUCGAUCCGAAUGAGUGUGCUACCAACUCAACCCGAUAAAAAAAAAAACAAAACAAAAAACCUGUAUCAGAUUUUUUUUUUUAAAUAAAAGGAAAAAAAAUCUGUCUGA